AUGAAGUUCACUUCUGUCGUGCCGGCCAUCGCCGUGUUCGCUUUCGCCGCUCCGAAGGUCUAUGGCUUUCAUGAUCAUACUGUGAAGGAGCUCGUUGGCCCCAACGGCGUCGCCAUGGCCCAUGUCGGUUUUGCCGACUAUAUGGCUCGCCUUGAACGCGUUGGACAUGGUGGCAAGAUCGCCCACGAUGGAAGUGUAGAAGAUGUCAAACAUGAUGAAGUCAAACGUAGCGUCACUAAGUCUUGUACUGUGGAAACGGUCACUACCACGGUCACUGUCUAUCCAUCCAGCUGCGACACUGCCACUACUUCCGCUUUCCCUUCGGCCUCUUCCGUCCCAGGAGUUUCCACUCUCGUGUCUACCAUCGGCUUCAGCACCAUCCCGUCUACCGACCCGUCAAUGCUCUCCACCGGCACAUCUGCGUCAACAUCUUCCGCUUAUGUCGUCCCGAGCAGCACUGGCCUGAGUACUUCGGCUGUCACCGCUACUAGUACUCUGAAGGCCAGUUCUUUACCGCCAAUUCCGACCAAUGGUGUCCCUAUUCUUCACCAUGAUAUCGCUCUUGGUGCAGUUGCUAUGGUAAUUGCUAUGAUGGCUUGA